AUUUGGAUAGGAAUAGUUACAUAUUUUGUUCAGAAUUUCCGUCGAUUCCUGAUUAAAAUUUUGAUUCUUGGAUUAAGCUUGCAUUGGGCUUAGGGUUUAAGAAAAGCAAGCUCUGAAUACCCGGUGUAUUAAAAAACCCUGCAAUUCUGAAAGCUUUUGUUGUCCUCUGUAAACGCAGUAUUCAGAAGGCUGAAUAUGAAUGAAUAAUUCAUUUAGUGAGCGUGGUUGGAUAACAAAAGUGGCAAGCGUACUUAAUCUGUGAGUACUCAUCUCCAAUAAUUAAGAAGAGAUUUGACUUAGGUAUAGUUUCAUGCCAAAAAUGGUUUAUAUACUCAUAUAUCGAUACAUACUUGUUUCAAAUAGUAUAGGAUCCUCUAAUAAUUUCACUAGAAUUGAACUCUAAUAGAGUUAUAGAGGUAUAUUCGAUUCUGAUUUCAGGAGAGGAGAUACAAACAGAUAAACUCUAAUAGAGUUAUAGAGGUAUAUUCGAUUCUGAUUUCAGGAGAGGAGAUACAAACAGAUAACUAAUACAGUAAGAGCAUCUCUAACGGUGCUCCUAAAUCACUCUUUAAAAUAUAAUAUAAUAUGUGACUCGUAGUGAGUUAAGACAUUGAAAAAGAUGACAACUUCAAUACUCCUCUUUCUACCUACUCUCUAUUCAUAUUUUAUUCAUAUAAAUGAGAGAGAAAAGUGAAAAGAGAGAAAGGUGGGAUGUGAAGUAGGAGAAAAGUUUAACAUAAUAUUCAUGAAUAAGAAGUUAGGAGCUACUAGAUGUUCUUUAAAAGAGAGGAGAGAUGAUAGGCUCUUAAACUUUCAAAGAGCUUCUAGGAGCCCAUUGGAGCACUAUUUUUUGAUCUGCUCUUUAAAUUUAAAGAUAAGAGCUUGUUUAAGAGCUCCAUUGGAGAUGCUCUAAUAUAAGGUUCUUAAAAGACUCAAAGUUGUAGUCCCUAUAUUUAGGCGGAGUUCAUGAGUUCGAAGUUCGAACCCUCCGAAACCAUAUAGAUUUAUGCCACAAAAUACUGUGAAUUGUCUUUUUUUGUUCAUGUCCAGGUUAUGAAUAUUGUGUUGUUGCUAUUUACAAUUUCAUUAUUGAAAUACUGAGCUAUAUGCUAUAGAAAAAUGACUUGAUCAUGUAUGUAAAUAGUUUUUGGCUUAACUUAAUCGACCAUAAAAAAUUGUCUGCUUUAAUUAUAAUAUUUUAGAUAGACUGAAAGACUUGGGAAGUAUGGAUACGACCUGCAUUCCUAUAGCUGAAGUUGUGCUAAAAUUAUCUAGCGGGAACUAAUGAAAUUUAUUAGCCGUUAGUACUGGAACCAAUAAUUCGCUGGAUUCUAAUAUGAGCAUUUUAGCUCAUGGCAUGAGUGGAUGCUUGUCAUUUGCAAUGGUAGGUUCUAGGCUUACACUGCUCAGCUCAUGACCAGAUCUGGUCAUGUUGAGUUCUAGUUGUAUGCCCAGAACAGAAAAGAAAGCAGAACUCAACUUUAAAUGCUACUAUAAUCUUAUUAACUGGUCUUGUCACUGCCUGUUGUAUGAUUUUUUUGUCCUUGGCUUUAGUCGUGAUCCUUAUUGAAGAUAUCGCUCUAUCUUUUCCCAGUUUUUUUUUUCAUUUUAAUUGAUCAAAGAGACAAUGCUAGAAUGUUCAGUGGUUGUUGUACCUUAUGAUAUCACUCACCUUUUGCAGAACAGAUAGAUCUGAUUAACAUAUGAAAAAUAUGAAAUUUUCCUUGUCCUCUGGAUGGCCAAAAGCUUUGGCAUUGAAACUUAUCAAGGGAAAGAUGAUUAAUACUGUUGUCACAGAUUCACUCUUCCCACCUGAAAUUAUCAUCGAGAUAUUGAGCAGGGUGCCAAUAGAAUUCCAUGGCAGACUUAUGCUUGUAUGCAAGCAAUGGAAUGCUUUAAUACAAGAUCGCCACUUCAUGGAAAAGCAUAUGAGCCGUGCUCACAGAAAUGAGAGAGAAUUUGUCCUCUAUUCUAAACGUCUUGUUUCAACUAACAUAGGCAAUGGAAUUGUUUUGCGUAGGAGUUAUAGACAUGUGUACAGUUGUGAUGGCCUGUAUCUUCAGAAGAAUGUCGUCACAAACAAGUAUCACAUUCGCAACCUAUUCACUAAACAAGCUCUUGAGUUACCAGAUCCACACAAGGGUAGCCGUGAUAUUGUCUUCUCUUACGUCCCUUCUACAAGCAACUAUAAAUGUGUGUCAAUAUAUGAUGAUGAAAGCAGCACUGAAUGUUGUGAGGUUCUUUCUGUUGGAAGUGAUGAGUUAUCUUCCUGGAGACUCCUCAAAAAGCCUAAUAGAGAUUAUCUUAUAAAAAAUGGAAAGAAGUUUUCUGUAGUGUCAACUGGUGAUGCUGUUCACUAUGUUCGUGUAAUUGCAAGUGGCGCUGUCAUGGUAGAAGAAGUGGUAUCGCUUGAUCUAGGAACUGAACAGUUCACCGUCACAAAUAUUCCAAGUGGUCAAUACAAAAGCUGGGAGAAGGUUUGGCCUUUAAAUUUCAUGGGUAAGCUUGUUUUGGUUGAUAGAAUGGAAGCGGAUCUUUGUGUGCUGGAGCUUGAUGAUUACAAAAAACAGAAAUGGGGGAAAAGGAAACCUUUAAUUCCAUCAGCUUCAAUGAAGGCCCUUGAAGAUAAGCACGGCACAGUUUUUCCCUAUUCUUUUGAACAAGCAGAAUUGUGGUUUUGGGUGAAAGACCGGAUGUUCAUUUCUUAUAAUGUCAGAACUGGAAACCGUUAUUUUAUGUGCCCACCAAACUCAGGUGAUAAACUUGUGGAAGCAAUGCAUCCUUCCUAUCGCAGCCUUGUACAUUUGAAAGGCAUGCAACCAGAAGAGAAGACACCCACGCAAUUGCCACCAUCAAGUGCCGGGGAAGGGCGAUGGCUUAACCUGAAGAGAAAUUGUUUAUUGUUUAUCUGUCUUUAUUUGCUCAUUUUCAUUCCAGUCUAUUCUGCAAUAUUUUUGUGAUUUCUCAGAGGAUGCCUCUGUGGUUUUGGAUACAAGUGUCUUGGUCUAGCUUUUACUAAUCAACUGUGAUUUCAAAAACAAGUGUCCUGGUUUAUUUAAAUGGAGUGUGCCUCAUGUUUUAAUCUGUAUUCUGUCGUGGGACGACUAAAUAAAUAAUAUUUGCAUCUUAACCCCAUCAUUCAACAAUGUGUGGCUUUCAUCUAUUACUCUUUUAGUCAGCUUUGCUCAACUGGUUUACCAAAAGCUUAUUAUCUGUAUUAUUACUUCGAAUAUUAUAUUAUCUUU